GACACAUUCCUCCCACCACGGGCCUGCUCACGAGGCCCCAGCCCACCUGCCUGCUUAAAGCCCUCUCCACCCCCUGCCCCAGCCCAGUCCCUGUCCAGGCUGAGCAGACACCCCAAGGACCUCUGCUGUGAGGAGGGAGAGCGAGACCAUGUCAGACACAGAAGACGCGGUGGUGGAGGAGUACGAAGAGGAGCAGGAAGUAGCAGCUGUGGAAGAGGAAGAAGACUGGAGAGAGGAGGAGGAGGAGGAGGAGGAGGAGGAUGAGCAGGAGGAGGCAGUGGAGGAAGAGGCUGAAGGGGAGGCUGAGGCUGAAGAUGAGACUGAGGCUGAUGAGAACAAGGCAGAAGAUGAUGGACCAGAAGAGGAGGCUAAAGAGGCUGGAGAUGGCCCAACAGAGGAGUCCAAACCCAAGCCCCGACUCUUCAUGCCCAACUUGGUGCCGCCCAAGAUCCCCGAUGGCGAGAGGGUGGACUUUGACGACAUCCACCGGAAGCGCAUGGAGAAGGAUCUGAACGAGCUGCAGACGCUGAUCGAGGCUCACUUUGAGAACAGGAAGAAGGAGGAGGAGGAGCUCGUUUCGCUCAAAGACAGGAUCGAGAAGCGGCGUGCAGAGCGGGCUGAGCAGCAGCGCAUCCGGAAUGAGCGUGAGAAGGAGCGCCAGACACGCCUGGCUGAAGAGAGGGCCCGGCGAGAGGAGGAGGAGAACAGGAAGAAGGCUGAGGAUGAGGCCCGGAAGAAGAAGGCUUUGUCCAACAUGAUGCAUUUUGGAGGAUACAUCCAGAAGGCCCAGACGGAGCGGAAGAGUGGGAAGCGGCAGACGGAGCGGGAGAAGAAGAAAAAGAUUCUGGCCGAGAGGAGGAAGGUGUUGGCCAUCGACCACCUGAAUGAAGAUCAACUGAGGGAGAAGGCCAAGGAAUUGUGGCAGAGCAUCUACACGCUGGAGGCGGAGAAGUUUGACCUGCAGGAGAAGUUCAAGCAGCAGAAAUAUGAGCCAGCUGGGGCCUGGGCCCAGCAUGCCCCAACCCUGCUCUUCUGUCUCCCACCUCCCCUGCAGAUCAAUGUGCUCCGAAACAGGAUCAACGACAACCAGAAAGUCUCCAAGACCCGAGGGAAGACCAAAGUCACCGGGCGCUGGAAAUAGAGCCCCCCCCCCCACCCCCCGCCCCUUUGCCAAGGACCUGCUCCUUACGCUUCACGCACCCAGCUCCUGGGGCCACAGGCCUGAUUCUGUCUGGAAGCCAGAAGCUGGAAGCGGCCACGCAUGCCCUGCCCCAUACUCCACUCCCAUGCCCCCAAUAAAAAGCCAGCACACAUCAAA